CUGAAACCCAUUGUGUAAAUUCCUCUUCACCCCCACACAUUUCCGGCUGCGGUGAUCCAGCGCAGCUACCUGUCGGGUCCAGCUGAUCUGAGUGAGAAUGAUUCAGUGAGGCGGCGACUCGGAGGAGAAGUCAACCGGGACAGAAGCUCAGAGGCGUCGGUGUUUCGCUGCACGGCAGCUGUCGACUCCGGGCUCAUGUCGGGACCGUCUGGAUGGAAGAAGCUCUGAACAGGCGUUCCGGCCAUGGAGAGCAGUGUGUCGAGCACCUGCGACUACAGCCACAAUGUCACCUUCUUCUACAACCUGGUGGGCAAGAAGAUCAGCGCAGAGUGGACGACCAGGGACUUUCUGGUGAUCGGCCUGGGCCUGACGGUGUGUGUCAUCGUGGUCUUGGCCAACCUGCUGGUGAUGGUGGCCAUCUCCAAGAACCACCGCUUCCACUUCCCCAUCUACUAUCUCCUGGGCAACAUGGCCGCGGCAGACCUGUUUGCAGGCAUCGCCUACGGCUACCUGAUGCUGCACACGGGCCCGUGGACCGGCACGCUCUCCAAGGAGCAGUGGUACAUCCGCGGGGCCUUGAUAGACAUCAGCCUGACGGCCUCCGUGGCCAACCUGCUGGCCGUCGCCGUGGAGCGCCACCAGACCAUCAUCACCAUGCAGCUGCACAGCAACAUGACCAAGCGGCGCGUGGUGCUGCUCAUAGUCUGCAUCUGGGCGGUGAGCAUCGCCAUGGGCCUGGUGCCGUCCACCCUGUGGAACUGCGAGUGUGAUCUGGGCGACUGCUCCACCGUCGCUCCUCUGUACAGCCGCCGCUUCCUCAUCUUCUGGGCGGUCUUCAACCUGCUCACUUUCCUCGUCAUGGCGGCCGUGUACACGCGCAUCUUCGUGUACGUGAGGUACGAGACGUGGAGCGCGUCGCGUCACACCACGGAGAUGCGGCACCGGGAAACUGUUGUCAACCUGAUGAAAACCAUCUCCAUGGUCCUGGGCGCCUUCGUCAUCUGCUGGCUGCCCGGGCUGGUGACGCUCCUGCUGGACGGGCUGCUGGGGGCCGCCGGCCACGCCAACGCCUACGAGAAGUUCUGCCUGGUCAUCGCCGAGUGCAACUCUCUGGUCAACCCGAUCAUCUACUCGCUGCGGGACGACGAGAUGCGGCGGACGUUCAAGUGGAUCCUGUGCUGCCUGUGUGGGCGAGGCGGCGACCGGCGGAGGGAGCGGUCGCCCGUCGGGAACAACUCCCCGCCGCCGCCGGAGGAGACUGUUGGCUGUGUCCGGAAGUUUGAAGAUCAGCUUGUCUGUAUGGAAACGAACAACGAAGGAGACCGUUGGACGAUGCCGGGGGUAUGAUGGCCUUCAGGACAAACCCCUCUCAACCCUUUACUGGCACGCAUUGUAUACAACUGAAUGAAAAAUGUCUAUAAAGAUGUAUCUCUUUAAAAGCUUUUGUGGGACGGAUUCACAUAUUAAUCAUCAGAUGGUGCAAUCUCUCCUUUUUAUUACGUUCGACUAUCACAUUUGUGACAAAUUAUAAAAUGAAACACUCGUAAUAUCUGAAAUGAAAGACUGAAAAAGAAAAAAUAAAGGAAAAAAAAAAUCACACUAAAUCAUUUUAUUAAUUUUCUAAUAACACUACAGUUUGUCAUAUUCUUCCUUUUUGUUUUACUCUUUCUAGAACAAUUCUAAAGUUGAGGUAUAAAAGGAGUUCAUACAGACUCACAGGUCUGAAAACAGUGGGGGUUAUAUACAAGAGAAAUGGAAAGACAGAGGUAGAGAGGGGUAAAUACAAGGGGAAGAGGAGAGAUACAAAUAUACUAAUGAAAACAAAGGUUUCAGAAACCAUUUGGUGCUGUGGAAGUAUUUGCCACUUACGAUUUAAACAUUAACAGUAAAAUAAAGUCUGGUUAUAUAUAUAUAUAAAGUCAAGUGUAUAUGCAUGAAUAUUAUUGCAGUAGUUAUUUUUAAAGUGGGGAAUGACAAAUUGUAAACCAUUGGCUUUACUGGGAAAGUUUGUCCUCUGCUCCAGGUGGCAACUAAAGUAAUUAGUAAAAUAUAAUCACGUCCUUUCAGCUGGAUGUGAAUGUACGGUAACAGAAUUAUACAUUGCGAGCUCAAAUACAUUUCCUCAUCAUGUACUGAUACAUUUCAAGUUCUUUGCCCAAUAAUUAACCACAUUAAAUGUACCUAUUCAAUAGUUUCUAAAACAUUUAGCCACCUCUGAUCUCAAAAUAUUGCUGCGUGUGGAAAACUGCAAAAACUGAAGCUAAUAGGAUCCAUAGAUCUAUAUGGCAAAAUACACACAAUAGUCCAUCCACAGCACCAACGGGUACGUCUGUAAACCCCACAUUGCCACCCGGUUAUGUAACAAAAGUACUAAAUAAUAUUCAAAAUUGAUAGUUAUUGUGAAUCCUGUGACAAAGGCCAAAUAAAACUGGCAUCGCAACCAAAACAUCAAAGUUUAUAAAA